AUGAGUGCAACUAGUGUGACCUAUGCUAGGUCAAACGUGCUGGGAUAUGCCAGCAAUCUACCAACAUACAAUAUACGAUUACCAUUAAAGUAUAGCAAUACAUCAUCAUCCCCUUCAACCUCAUCACCAUUACCAGCAUCUUCGUCUUCUUCUACUACUACUACUUCUACUACUAAUUCAUCCUCGUCGGCCUUGUCUAAUAUAAACUCAACAAUAACUGAUCCAAAUGAUCAAUUUCACCAGAGGCUAGCUACUGCCGGGCGAUUUCUCAAGUUUGAAAAAGUUUCCCUUUUCAACACUAUUUCAUGUUCAAUCUUAAAUGACUUAAAAACAAUUAUCCUUACUCCAAUUGAACUCAAGGCAAAUAGUCUUGGAUUGAAGUUUCAAAAUUUGCAACUUCAGUUGCCCAAUGUUGUCUCCUCGCCAAACUGUGUGACUUUUCACAAUAAUCAGGACUACAUUUGGAUAGAUAUAAUUGAUUCCAACUACUUAUUAAUCAGUUUACAGAUCCCAAUCGAGACUUUUAUCGAAAACAGAAAAAACUUGGUAUUGCUGAAUUUUGAUAAAUGGGGGAAAAUUUCGGUACCUUACUCGUUUGAAAUGAGAUCUCAGCCGUUCUCGAUCAAGGCAAGUGAUGAGCUCAAUUUGUUCAUCUCACUCAAGGAUGGUGGCUUUUUACAUUUUUCGAGGCAAACACCAAUAUCUGACGUAUCUGUUUUUGUAUUCAAUGAACCUGUAUCUUUUAUUGGCGGCCUCUUUGGUGGCGGUAAAAGAAAUAUUGAAAUUAAUGGAAUUUCGUCCAAUGCAAUCGUCGACUUUAUUUUAUUUGGAGAUGGUAAAGUUCUUACAUUGUCAGUAAGCAAAGAAUUGAAAAUCUGGAAUGUCAGUACUCACCUGCUUGUAAAGACAACGACUUUGUACAACAAAAGUGAACACGACAUGUGGCUUACAAGAGUGCCUACGAAGUACUUGCAAGUCUUGGAUGUCGACAACUUCGAUGCUGCCGACACCAACAAUAGGAAGAAACUCGUUACAUCGUUUAUUACUACAAAAAACGGCGAGUCCAACAAAAGUCGAUUUGCAUUUAAACUGUGGUUUUACUCAGAAAAUCAAUUGUUGGAAGAAGUGACAAAGUUUGAGUUCCAACCUGAGUUACCAAACACGUUGUUAUCCAAUUCCGAUAUUUUCUUCCACGACUCUACAUUCCAGAACAAGAUAUGGUUUAUUCAAGAUUAUGAAGUGGAAUUUGUGGAAGCUAAAAAAUAUAUAAAGUACCACAUCCUAUGGAAGUCCAAUACUUCCUCCAUACUCGCUAUUUACACCCUCGAUUUUUCAAAUGGAUCUAUUGUACUGAUUGAUGUAUCCCAACCUUCGUCACAUACUGAAGAAGAAGCGAUUUUGCAAUCUCGUGAUCUGGAUUUCUAUGCCACCAAAAUAUUUGCAUCUGGCGAUUUUGAUGAUCUCAUUGUAGCAACAUCGCUAACCAUUUUAGCUCAACACUUGAAAUCAACAGAAUUGAUUAAUCCACUAGAGUUGAGACAUUUUGCUGAGACAUUGAUUCAAACACAUUCUUCAAAGCAAAGGGAAUCCCCAAAACACUUGUGGUUUAAAUUGUAUUCCCUUUGUGAAGAAUUUAGCAAGACAAGCCAAGAAGCAUUUGCAAUUGCCCCAUUUAAUGUAACAACUGCGGUUACUGCUACUACUGCUACUAGUGCCAGUACUAAAACUGCUUCUACGGCUACUGCUGGUAGUGGUGGUAGUGGUGGUAGUGGUGGUUUCGGUGAUACUAUUGGUAGUACUAGUAGUCUAAUUUGCUUACAAGCUAGUGGCUACACUUUCCUUAGACCCUCGAGCUAUUACGAAUCAAUAAGUUACAAGAACCUCGAUAGUGCUGACGGCAAACUUAUGCAAAUAUUUGACAAGUUCAGAAAGACUUUAUCGACGAAAUCAUACGAAAAGCUACAUAGACAAUUGGUAACUUCGUUUAAUGAAUUUGACGGCGCAGCCAGUGCAAAUGAAGUUUUCCAAACAUACCUACAGGGCAAGAUUGAUGAAAGUGAGAUUCAACAAAUUUUACUCAAACUAGGAGAAAUUCCCGAUGUUUUGCAAAUAAUCCAGUCAUUGCUCUUUGAUAACGAUUUCCUGUUGGUGGUAUCGUCAAGUUCUGUAUCAAGCUUGGGCUCAUUUGCAAAAUUAGCCGUCUUCAAGACUUUCCAAAAUAUCAUGCAACAGCAUCAGGACUUGUUGAUGGAUUUGAUCAUCCUUUUACUUGUUUGUGAAGCUAAUGAUGAGAUUAUUAAGUUGCUAAACUCUGCGGUUCAAAGCAUACGCCAUUACGAUACAGCUGAGUUGAUCUUCAAAACAAGCUUUUCCUCUUCUUCUAUUGAGGCACCAGUUGAAUUGUCAACCGUGGCAAAUGUUCAAAAUUCUCUCUUUUGGCUGGUAUUUGUGCUGAAAGAUAAAACUCUUACAAAGCUCAUCGACUCGAUGCAAAUUAACGCUGCUUUUGAUUACUUCUUCCAUGAGGUAUUAUCGCCAAAUCAAGCUUAUUUAACUGUUGCAAUACAAGAGUUGAUUGUUCACAACCAGGGGCAAUAUUUACGGAAAGAUUUCUUACCAAAGCUUGAUCACAACGAGAGGUUCUUCACAGGAAUAAUCAGAUUAAUCACCAAUGAUCCUCAAGGUUUCUUUAACGCAUUUGAAAACUAUGACGAAGUAAUGAAAUUCGACUUCAAGUCCUUACUGUUGUUGAAGAAGGAUAGCAAUUUCAAAUCUUUCCUUGAAGAAUUUGAUGAUUACCCAUCAAAAUCUGAAUAUUUCCACGCAUUAUCUUUAUUGUGUUUAGCACAGAUAAAGACAAGCUCAACCCAUCUGGCCAAAGAUGAUCAUCUGUUUAUUGAAGUUGCGUUAAAAUUGGAACAAUUGGCUAUCGAUAAUGGCACGAAUGAUACAAUUAUUGAAAGUUAUUACUUUAAUGUUUUUGAGCAAGCAUUGACGAUUGCUGAUUUUAAGUUGGUUGAAAAGUCGCUUAGUAAGUUGUCCAAGACCCCUGAACUUCAAUCGUUAUUAACAAAGUUCAUCCACAAGCUUAUCCAAGACCUGAAAAUCAAGCUUAUUUUCGAGUGGAAGGAGGGUUACAGUGAUAAAGACAAGGACUUUUACAUACAGCAUUACAGUAUGAUUGACUCGAUCAUUCACAAUUUUGCUUCUCAGCAAUCACUAUUCCAGUCAUUAAAAAUUUACGAGUACUUGUACUCGUGGAGAUUACUUGGGUGUGUUACAGAAGGAAGCGACAAAUUAAAGACAUUGGCGCAAUCUCCUACUUCUCAUCAACCCCAGUUAGGUGACCAGAGGGGUGCAGUAGAAGCAUUAUACGAAUUCAUCACUCGUUUCAAAGAUGAAACAACUACAAUUGAAAAGCGAGUCAAGCUCAAAAUUUUAGAACUCUACAUGAUUGUUUUGAACUUGAUGAAAACAUUCUCUAAAGAUGAUCAAUGGCUCGUGAGGCAAUUGAAGGAUGGUAGAGAAAUAGUUAAGAUGGAACAUAUUGAGAUUGAAUGCUUUGAAUGGAUGAAGAAUUUAGAUGAUGAUUUAUCCAUCCUCAGCUAA